CCCCAAGGCAAGAAGAAUUUAGCUCAUGGAUAGCAUUGUAGCAUUUCUCUGUUUAUCAAGCAACUGUGAAGAUGGAAGUGAGACUGGUCGCCACAUUCGCACACCCCUGCACUAAUCGUCGGAGCGCCCGACUCGGUGUAAAUACAGCCUUAUAAUACUUAAAUUACUGAGAACAGCUAAAAAGCAACAAAGUCGUCUGUUGGUCGACGUCAUUACGUACUCAUACGCACUCCUGGUUCGAGAAGUUACGCAGGACGUGCAGCGGUUCAAAGAGGAAGGAAGAUGGCGGAUAACAAAGGCGAGGAGGAUAUGGAACCGUCUGCUAAUUCGGACUCAGUGCCUCCAGCGCAAGAUAGCGAGCAGCCAGUGACGACAGUUGAAAAUGCAGUAAUAGUCAUUGAAGCGAAUACAAAGAGCGAUGAAGAAAUACAGUCCCAUGAUAACGCAGACGAGGCACCUACACCCACCAGCGACGGAGGAGACGCUAGCAGCGGCGGGGUUUCUGGUGCGGGAGGGGAAGCCAAUAGUAGUGCGAGCAACGCCGUCAGCCCAGCUGGGACUAGCAGCACCAGUGCAGAGCCAACGGCAACUGAAACCCCGGCCGCUGGCGAUGUUCCUGUUGGCGGACUCACCGCUGAAAUGUCCCCCCCUCCUACGGCUCCAGCGGCCACGCCGGUAUCCGCUCCCAUUAAUUUACUGGAUACGUGCGCAGUGUGUAAACAAAGUCUUCAGAGCCGAGAAUGUGAACCAAAACUUCUGCCUUGUCUGCAUUCAUUUUGCCUAAAAUGUAUCCCGCAGCCAGAUAGACAGCUAAGCGUACAGGUGUCUGGACCACACGGGCAAACUGAAACACACAUAGUAAAUGUUAUGCGCUGUUCGGUGUGCCACCAGGACUACAAACAAAGUGACAUUGUUGACAACUACUUCGUUAAAGAUACCACAGAGGCAACCAGCACGUCUGAUGAAAAGGCUGCACAGGUGUGCACAAGUUGCGAGGACAAUGCAGGAACCAUAGGCUUUUGUGUGGAGUGUGGAGAAUGGCUGUGCAAGACCUGUGUGGAGGCCCACCAGAGGGUCAAAAUUACCAAGGACCACAAGAUUCACACAAAAGAGGAUGCCGAUGCUGCUUCUGAGUCUGUUGGUUCAUCAGGACAGAGGCCUGUUUUCUGCCCUGUCCACAAACAGGAGCCGCUGAAGCUUUUCUGUGAGACCUGUGACACUUUGACAUGUAGGGACUGCCAGCUGCUGGAGCAUAAGGAGCACAGGUACCAGUUCCUGGAGGAGGCUUUUCAGAACCAGAAAGGCAUAAUUGAGACCAGUGUGGCCAAACUACAGGAAAAGAAGAACUAUGUACAUUACUCUGUCUCUCAGGUGCAAAGCAGGUUAAAAGAGCUGAAUGAGACACAUAGGAAGGUGGAGCAUGAGAUCAAAAUUGCCGUAUUUACUCUUAUUAAUGAGAUCAACAAGAAGGGAAAGUCCUUGCUGCAGCAGUUGGAGAGUGUGACCAAAGAGCGCAGUAUAAGGCUUGUGGCUCAGCAUAAGGAUACCACCCAGCUGGCUCAACAGAUCCACCAUGUGCUCAACUUCUGCCACUGGGCCAUCACUACUGGCAGCAGCACUGCGCUGCUCUACAGCAAGCGGCUGAUGUCUAUAGAAUCUGAGAUGAGCCACCAAAGGUUUCGUUUCUUACUACAAUCAGGGCAUUCCAACCCAGGGCAUGCAGGCCCUUUCCCGGUGGCAUCCCUCCAUAAUGCCAACCCCACAAGUCCCACCAGCGCCAGUAUGGCCGGGGCCCAUGCUCACCGCGGCCCUACCAGCCCCAUCAUAGGUCCUAUCGAGCUCAUCCCCUCCGUCACCAAUCCUGAGAACCUGCCCUGCCUACCUGAGAUCCCACCCAUUCAGCUGGAGGAUGCAGGUUCCAGCAACCUCGGACACCUCCUUUCUCGUUACAUCUCAGCCAGCACGCAGCAUCAGCUAGGCUCAGUGGACAUGAACCCCUCACCUGGACUGUCCACACACUCGUCUGGAUCUUCAGGUCUGUCGAAUGCUCACACACCAGCGCGACCUUCUAGCACAUCCAGCACAGGCAGCAGAGGCAGUUGUAGCUCUGCAGGGAGGGUGGGGCCAGGAGGUGGAGCUGCAGUGGAGCAGGUGAGGGUGAAGCAGGAGCCUGGUACAGAUGACAGCUAUAGCUGUCCAACUUCUUCUCUGAAGACAGAGCGGGGGAAAGAUGCUGGGAGGAGUGCGUGCAUGAUGAGCAGUCCGGAGAACAGCCCCCUCCCUGUAUUGGGAGCUGUAUCUGCAGGCCAAGAUGCUGUCAAGGCUUUAGGGGAGCGCAUCAAAACAGAACCCCAGUCCGAGACACCUUGUUCUGGACUAAAUGGCGCUAGUGUCACCACCUCCUCUCCUUCCACUACCACAAUGACCACUACCUCGUUGUCCACCGAGAACAACAGCAGCAGCACAGCUGAUGCUCCGCUCACUAAUGGAAACUUAGACAAGGGGACAGAGACCCAAGGGGGCAGGACGUCUGCUGGAACAGGCAGUUCUGAUGUGAAAGAGGAUGACCCAAAUGAAGACUGGUGUGCUGUUUGUAUCAAUGGUGGUGACCUGCUGUGCUGUGACCGCUGUCCCAAAGUAUUUCACAUGAAAUGCCAUGUACCUACCAUAAAAAUCUUCCCAAAGGGUGACUUUCUCUGCACGUUUUGUCGGAGUCUCACCAACCCCGAAAUAGAGUACUGUGACGACAGCAGGAAAAUCAGUGGAAAGCAGGGCCUGACUACUGAGGACCAAAGGAGAUGUGAACGCCUCCUGCUGCACAUCUUCUGUCAUGAGCUCAGUGUGGGCUUCAGGGAACCUGUUCCUAGCUCUGUGCCGAACUAUUACAAGAUUAUCAAGCAGCCCAUGGACCUGAAGAAGGUGAAGAAGAAGCUGCAGUUAAGGAGCUCUCAGUACUACCAGUCCAUCCAGGAGUUUGUGUCUGAUAUGCGCCUUGUCUUCAAAAACUGUGCAAAUUACAAUGAGAUGUCUCGAAUAAUCCAGGUUUAUGAUGAGGAGAAACAGAUUAAUACGCAGGUGGGAUCAGAGAUGGCGAUAUCCGGCAAGGCAGUAAGCCUGUACUUUGAGGAGAAGUUGCAGGAGAUAUUCCCAGGGCAGAGCUUUCCUGAAACACCUGAACUUGAGUCCCCGGACACAAAGGAAAAGGAGGAGCAUGACGACACAGAUGACUCUGAGGAGGACUUCGUACAGCCCAGACGCAAAAGGUUAAAAACAGAUGAUAAAGUGGUCCACAUCAAGUGAGAAGCAACCACAGAAGAAACAAGAGAAGUGAAACUGUUUUCUUCACGUCCCACACUUCUCCUUUGUUUUCGAGGCAGCAAACUAAAAGGACGAGAUUCGCUGUUCAAACUGCUUGGUAUAUCAUCUUUGCCUUUUAAUAGGAUUUACUGUCAACUCCAUUAGAAAUUGGCCUUUGUCAGAACUCUUGAGGUCAGAAACAUAGAAGAGCUGCAUACCCUUUUUAUUUCAGGGACACUCAAGAACUCGCUUGUUUGGAUUUUGAAGUAGGACUUCUUUUCCAGUAGAUAAGUUAACGAUUGGUCCUUUCUUUUCUAUCAUCUGUUUUCAUUUGUAGACUUGUUGUGAUAGUUCCUUUAUAAAACAUUAAAAUCAGCUAUCCCCUGUUGUUAAUGUAUUAUAUCAAUACUUUGACAUGAAACCUACCAAGUAUUUGUAUGACUUUGUGGAAGCGUUAUGUAAAUAAGAGAAUCUAGCCCACUGAAGGUGUUCCUACAGUAUAAAUGUUUGGGUGCGUCAUCAAUAAAAACCUGUCAUUGAAAUAUA